UUUGUUAGUCUGAAAAAAUUUAUUCGAGUUAUUUAUUCCAAAUUGCAAUCGAAAUCAUGUGAUUACCUAUUCAGAGGUGAAAUUGUAGGAAGAAAUUAGAUUAGGGGUUAAAGGGUUAACUGAACAGACGUACAGCAACAUCAAGGAAGAUGUCUUCAAGGAAGAAGUUGACCAAUUUAAAUAAAUUUUAACCCUCCUAACCAACAAUCAACACGAAAAUAUAUUAUCGCGGUCGAGGUUCAGUGACUAAAUUUGCUAACGAUCAGGAAAUUGUCCUUGUGAUAUAUUUGUGAAGUAAAUUUCCCGGAAAAUAAUUUGCCUUACGGCGAUCUUAUGACUUGCUCAAAUCAUGUCACAUGUAAGCUUACGUUACCCAUGUUAACUUAAGUUAAAUCACACGAUGCAAUUCAACAGUUUAGGACAUAACCCUCUAUACUUUACGGAAAAAACAAAUCCCUAGGACUUCCUCCUGAUCCUUGCAAAAAGAAAUCAGGGCUCGGCUACAGUUUCGCGAAAGAGAUCAAGACGGGAGCGGUUCUUAAAACUGAUGUAAGUAAUUUAAAGUUGCCCCUUGCGAGACACGAACUACAGCUCGGGAAGAAAUGUCUUGAUUCACAAAAUAUCAUUGAACCGUGUAUUGAUAAAGUUAUAAAAAGAAACACUUUGAAAGUUUUCCUUGGUGAUUCAGGCGUUAAUUGCUAUUUUUAAACUUCAGAUCGGGGAACACAGUGACAAUCAGUGUCCAUGGCAUCCUGGCGCGAAACCUUUUCUCGAAAAAAAUUCCGCGAUCCGAAAACCAUGAUGGUGACUCAAUUGAACCGUUGUCUCGGCAUCUUUGAGUUGACUCUUCUCGGAGUCGGGAUUACCAUAGGAGCUGGGUUGUACGUUUUAACCCCUGAAAUUGCCCGCAAGUUCACUGGCCCAAGUGUGGUAGUUUCGUACUUCAUCGCCGCUUCUGCCUCAGUCCUAGCUGGUUUGUGCUACGCAGAGUUUGGUUGCCGUGUGCCUAAGGCAGGCUCGGUUUACGCUUACAGCUACUCAAUCAUGGGUGAACUCUGCGCCUUUAUCAUAGGCUGGGAUUUGAUUUUGGAAUACAGCAUAGGACUUUCCUCAGUAGCCAAGGCGACCAGUUCGUAUUUGGAUGCUCUGUUUGACGACCGCAUCAAGAAUUUGACAAUCUCUGCAAUUGGUGAAAUACAUGUCAAGGGUAUCGCACAAUAUCCUGACUUACUUUCGGUUGUCUUAAUAUUUGGAAUUGCGCUGAUUUCACUCAUCGGUAUGAAGGAAACAUCCAGGUUCAAUACACUGGUCACAGUGCUUACCAUGCUCCCGAUCAUCGUCAUUGUGUUUGCUGGUUUGUAUUAUGCCGAUAUUAAGAACUGGACGGAUGAUUUCGCCCCGUACGGAGCUUCAGGGAUUUUGACCGGUGCAGGCACGUUAUUCUAUGCUUUCGUUGGAUUUGAUGUCAUUGCGACAACCGCAGAGGAAGUAAGAAAUCCUGGAAGAACGAUCCCCAUCUCUAUUGUUUUGACAUUGGGUAAGUAGCAGUAACUGUUUCGCGACUAUCACACUCUCGUUUCUAGAGUAUUUAGCUAAAGACACACGAAACAAAUAUUACCAAAAAAUUAGUCAUAGCCAAAAUUGAGCAAUCCCGAUCUCCACUGUCUUGACAUCGGGUAACCAGCAAUAACCAUUUUGCGACUUUCGCAUUUAUUUUUCUCAAGUUUUAACUUAGCCCUUUACUCCUUAACAUCAGUUUCCAAGUUUUCCACACUGUUCUUCAUACAUUUCAUUUGGUACUUACUAGGAGUAUUCGUCUAACAAUCACGAGCUUUGUGGCUACCGUUUCAUUUCCGUUUUCAACAGUCCUUUGACGUGAUUGUGAUCGUUACUGCGAUUUCCCUUUUUUCUUGUACGUUAUCUUGUAACGCUACACACGGAUUAAAAGCGAAAGCUACAAGCUUCUUGAGUUCGCGAUAAUUUCAUUUAUUUUCGUGACCUUAAUGAUUGAUUCAGAGGUGAUACUGUGGGGAGAAAUUAGAUGCUUAUCACUCUUAGGGGUUAAAGGAUUAGGACCACUCGAAACAAAUAUGAUCAGGAAAAAUAGUUUGGCUCCUGUUUAGUGCAGGCACUCUUACCAAAAGGACUAUAAUGUUAGUCAGUUAUAUUCUCUUGAGCCACUUGUGUAAACAUUCCAAUGCCAUAAAAAUGAUAUUGGUCAACUUUUACUCCGGAUACACAUGACUCCCAGUCUGUUACGUCAUAGUGUCGUUUUUAGUCAAACACGAUCAGGCCAACGGUUUGGUCUUUGUAAAAAUAUCUGCGAUCGCUCUGAAAUUGGUUUCAAAGUUUAACCAGAGGGAAUCCCAUGUCAAAUUUGGGUCUUCAUUUCAGUUUUCAGUCAUCAACUCAAAAAUUGUAAAAACUAGGUCAUGUGCUAUGCAACUCUAGGCCUACCUGACCUACUAAUGUGAUGAUUUCAUUAAAUAUUCCUGCACUAAGUUUCUAGCGCUUGAUUGGAAUCAGGUCUUCGUGGGCAAUCAUGACCACCCUUAAAUCAAAAUCGUAGUUUUGCCCCACUUGUUAUUACUCACCGUUUUCCACAGUGAACUGUGCUUCAUUCAGUCUUAUUCAUAACAUGAAUUAUCACAGGCAGCCCAAGCUCACGUCUCGAGAAAAAGCCAACGAUUAAUUCAUGAACGCGUCACGUGUUGUGUCAUAACGCGUGAAGCGUUCAUGGAUUAAUCGUUGGCUUUUUCUCGAGACGUGAGCUUGGGCCGCCUGUGAAAUUAUAAUCAAGGGAUUUCGAGCGCGUGAUAGUUGUUUUAGGGCGAAGUCCAGAUUAACUGUCACGCACGGAAUCGUAUUUUCCCCUGGCGUAACUUGCGUGACGCUCUCUCAAUAUCAUUUUGAACUCUGAAUUUGGAGGAAAUCGUGGCAGGUAAAGACACGGUUAAUCGCGGUUUUUUCAAAAAUGAGCUGCGAAAACAGAGAGCACCCUAGACAAAAUGAAUUCAGUGGGCGUCAAACUUUGCUCAGAGUUAAAAUCAAACAUUGUUAUACGUUUCACCUUUCAACAAUCAAAAUAUAUUAAUAACGUCACCUUCCGAAAGAUUUGAGAAAACCCUCGAAAGAAAACUGAAAACAGCGGCAAAAGCUGAGCAUUGUUAUACCCACCAGAAAAAUCUAGCUGGUACAAAGUAUCUAAUUUUCGAUCAAAUUUACUUCCAAGCUGUGAAAUAUGACUUUUGAGGUUUCCCUUUAGAUCAAGAGAAUAUCAGUGAAUAUUCUCUGUUUGGAUAUUUUGACGUACAAGCCCGGCAUGCGAUCCUUCCAAAUAUUCCAGAUUCAUUGGAAUAUUUGGAAGGAACACCCUGAAAGGAGAAAAAUCACCCAAGGUUUGUAAAUAACUGACUCUCUAACAUAGAGGGUGAAAUUACUAAAUGCUUAUUGACUAAGACAAUGAGCAUUUUCCGCUUAAUAUUUUUGAUUGCCCCGUGCAAAAUUGCUUGAAAUUAAAAAUACUGAAAAAGUCAAAAAAGGCUUAACUUUACCAUAACGUGUUCUUAAAACAACUUCACUGACGGUGAAUGUUGUUUUUUUUUUUAUCAGGGCUGGUUUCAUUGCUUUGGCAUUUUGGUACAAAAAUGAAAUUUUACUCGGCUGAUUCGUGCGUUUUACAGUACGUUGACGCUAACUGAAUACUGAAAUGGCUUCCUACGAAAUUGUGCAACGUUUUUUACCUUCUCAGUGAAAGAAAUUUUGCUCUUCAAUAUUAUAAACAAGUAAUUGCAUGUUUCCAUGUAGAGUUAAGGAUUAAUAUCACUAGUGUUUCAAGAAGUUGAACAAUACGUGGAAUCAGUCCUUUAUUUUACGAUGAAAAAUAUGAUUAACUAUUCUUAUUUUUACUAAUAGUUAUAUUUCACUAAACCUUUAUCCUCUAAAGUAAUCGCUUUUAUGGCGUAUUUUGGGGCUUCCGCUGCACUGACGUUAGCGUGGCCCUACGCGACCCUUCCCGAGAGGGCAGCAUUUUCUACAGUGUUCGAAUGGAAAGGUGCACCGUGGGCCAAAUACAUGAUCAGUAUCGGAGCUCUAUGUGGACUGAUCACGUCCAUGCUGGGAUGCCUAGUGGCAUUAUCCAGAAUGGUGUACGCUAUUGCAAACGACGGCCUCUUAUUCAAGUAAGUAAUUAUAUAGGUAGUAAUGUAGGUCCAACUUUUUUCAUUGAUCUCGAAUGGUUGAGGAAUGCAAACUCUAACGAAAUCAACGUCUCCAACGUCCUCACUUCUUCUUUCUGCACCAUUUCCUUUUUAAUGUACAAGAAUCUUAUCGCCUUCUGAUGGAAGUUGUCGAUUUUAGAGUGGAAGAAAAGCUAAUCACACAUUUAUAUAAGCUUCUACGCGCUUUUAGUCGUGGCUGACAAUGCUUCAUAGUGUCGCUUUUUCCUGAAAUUUUUUGCGAAUAGGGACCUGGCAAUUGGAAUCAAAAGAUGCCAACAAAAAUGAGUUUCAUGGAAAGGUGGAGAACAAUAGAGCAUUGUAUGUUCUGUUUAGUUUUUGCUUGAGUGGCUGCCUCAUUCCCACAUACAUCCCUUUCCCUUUCCCUACCCCUCUUUCUCCGUUUCUUCAAUUCAAUUGCAUGCUGGCAAGCAGCUGCACUUUAAACAGAAGCGUAUUCAAGAAUGGGAAGGGGCGCCCUCGGCUUACGAAAUGCGUGAGAAAAUUAAUGAGAGUGUUAUUUUUCUAGAUUUCUCGGAAAGGUGAAUCAAAGAACAGAAGUCCCCCAAAACGCAACCAUAAUGACUGCCGUGUUUUGUUCCCUUCUGGCUUUUAUCUUUGACAUAUACCAGUUAGCGGAAGUGCUGUCAAUUGGAACACUCCUGGCAUAUACUCUUGUUGCUUUGUGCGUGUUGGUUUUGCGAUAUCAGCCAGAUGUCGUUGGCCUUACCAAGCUAUCAAGCGCGAGAGACGAUGGCGUCGCUUCUGAGGCUGAUAAUGAUGACACCCCAGGGGAAGAAUCGCCUUUGAUUACAACAAACAACGCUUCUCAACCUACCGCGACCACCACUAGCAAAGCACGUUUUGCUAUUGGUGUCAACACUUUUGCUUGCAUAGCCCUCGUUGUAAUCCUGAGAUGGGGCUCAUCUGCCUUAGAAAAAGCCCAGUGGUGGGCUAUAAUACUAAUAAUCCUGAUAGGAUUUACACUUGUUGGUUCAGCAGUUCUUCUCACGCAGCUGCCCCAGAAUAAUGCCCCUCUAGCUUUCAAAGUGCCUGGCGUUCCCGUGAUUCCUUUGCUGUCAACUUUUGUCAACCUGUUGUUGAUCUCCCAGCUCUCUUACCUGACUUGGUUUCGAUUCGCAGUUUGGUUGGUAAUUGGUAAGUUUACAAUUUAUUUUGUUAUAAAACAUGACUGAACAAUUUAAUUUCUCGGCAAAUAUCUAUAGCAACCCUCCUUACUCCCAGAUGUCAUCAGAAUGUAAAUUUUCCUUAGACUACUUUAUUCUCCAGUAAUCAGGUGAUGAUAAGAAAGAAACUUUUAAACCUAAAAGAGUUGUCUCGAAAUAAAAUAAAAGGAAGCAUAGAACACUUAAGAGGGAGAAAUGACGCAUCAGAACAUAGGAAUUAAGAAGUUGCGUUGAACUGAAGAUAUCCUGUUUUACAUAGGUUUGAUGAUCUAUUUGACUUAUGGAGUACGACAUAGUGUGGAGGGCAAACGGAAUAGCCAAGACUGGCCUGACCUACGGAAUACUGAACCUGAAAUUUGCCUCCAGAAAUCACAGGAUUACUCAGAGCCAAGGAAGGAAUGAAGUCGCGUAAUUUUGAAAAUGAACUCAAGGCUAACAAUUGAUCAAAACCAGUAGGAAUUUUAACAAUUUCUUUGUCCACUUUUUAUUUGCGUUUAAUACGAAAGCUUCCUCCUUCUAGGACAAAGUUUUGGCGAGGUAAACUUCGCCAUUUUUCGUUAGAGUAGGUAGGGUUAGAAAUCAGCCAUCUUGAGUGGGUUCAACCCUCAAGUUCGUCUCUUUAAUUUUGUUGAUGGCUGAGCAAACGUCAGAACUUGUUAAAAUGCAAACAAUUACUGUCCAUUAUAUGGGACAGCUUUAAUGCGUACGCAUUGUUAGCAACGGAAAAGUUCUCUAUAAAUCAAGAUACAAUUUUCCACCAAUUGUGGUGGGUUUCUAUCUGUUAAAGUUUAAGCUCACGUGCACGUGUUUUUGGGUGUGUGUUUAUGUAGAUUUGAUACCAAUACUUCAGAAUGAGAAGACUUUCUUCCCUGUUUGCUUUUCAGGGUAAUUUCAUUUUUCUCUCUAUGUGAUAGUUAUAUUUUUCAGGCUAUAUAUUAAACUAAUUUGUUUUGACGGUGA